GGCAUUAACACUACUGGGAAGUUGGUUGAACUCCACGGCUGGAAUCAUUUGACUGAAGAAAACAAAUUAACCUUGACCAAGUACUCGGAUAUAGCACCUAAAUGGUUUGCUCAAUUGGAUUAUGUUCAAGAUUCCCAUCCAGUUGCUUGCGAACAACCAGGGAAUAUCAAUCGACAAAUAAAAGGGUUCUCCCUGCUCAUCGAUUCCGAGUCUUGUGAUGAUGAAUGGACUCCAUCCACAAAGAGCAGUCCAGCAGAAGAAUUGGAUAGUGCCAGCACUCGGAGCAGUCGGUCAACGAGCAGCAGUCGGGCCGCAAGUUUCGUGGACGAGGACGAUGCCAACGUUCUGGGCAUCACAGAGUUGCCUUCAGUAUGCGCAUCCGGUAACUGGACGCAUGUUAUGCAUAGUAAUGACUGUCAGAAGUCAAACGAGUCGAAUGGUUUCGACGGACAUGAAUCUGAAGGUCGCACUCCACUUUCUGUUCGCUCUCGUGUUACAGAUGUCACCGGAAGCUGGGCGAAUAAUUUGGAGGUUUCCAGUGAGCCUUCUGAAGUAAAAUCCCAAUCGAUAGACAACUGCAGUUUAGUAUCACAGGAUGAUGAAAAUUCGGCUAUCGACGUCCCGCAUACUGAGCUUCAAAGUUUACUAUCUGACAGUGUUACUCCGCUACACAUAAUUUUGCAACCUUAUGUAGACAAUGGUUGGGAGGUCCCCCAACCGGUGGUCUGCGGAUUGGGCGGCGCAUGCAAGGAUCAAGAUAACAACAGGUGUCCCGGAAUAGUAACUCCGACUGAAGUAAGCGACGCUGGCAUAAUAAGUUCUUGUUCUUUCACAAUCGUUCCACUUGAAUAUUAUUAUUUUUGA